UUCUCGCUUAUUAAAAUCAUUAAGUGAACUUUGAAUUACACUGAAAGUGAGUAUAUUUGUAUUCACAAUGGCUACGAAUGAAACAAUGUCGUUCAAAACUCUAUUAAAUAUACAACGCGACACAUUCGGACUCAUUGAUCGUACUAUUUCCAACUUUAAUAAAAUUGGAAAGGAUAAUGUGACAGCUGCUAAGGUUCAAAGCAGAACUGAUAUACUAAAAGAACGCUGGGAUCUCGCUAGCAAGUAUCAUAAUCAGAUUAACGCCGUUGCCACCAAUGCUGAAAGAAAAAAAGAAGAAUACUUCAUGGAAGGAGAGUAUAGUAAUGCUUCUGAUAAUUAUGAAGAAGCCAUGGACUUUCUUAGCGAAUGGAAAGCGAAAUUCGCUCCAGUUUUUCAAGCAGGGCCUAUUGUUCCGUCUGAGUCGAGUCCCGGCAGUACAGUCUUCUACAAGCUACAGUACUACAGGGAUGGAUGGAUGCGAACCAUGGACGCAAGCAGUAGCAGAUGCAAUUAG